AGCCUCCCAAAAAGUUUUCCCGCCUGACCCGCCAACACUAUAUCCUGUUGUCCACCCACAAAAUAUUUCCCGCGCUGUCUGAUAGAAAACGGGCGUAAACAUGUUGAUGUAAAACGAAGGAAAUGGAGGUGUAGACUCAGAUGUAUUGAUAAAGAGACAAAAUAAAGAGAUUUUACUGAUACCACUGAGUGCUUGAGGAAACACAGCAUGAGGAUGUGAGCAGAAGAUCACAACAGUUGGUAUAGUCUGCUUCUGUGUCCUGCCUCUGAACCUCUUGCCCAGUCACCCACCUCAAGAGGCAGCCAACACUGUCACCACCUCCUGGGGACACUGGUGGGCAGGACAGAAGGUGGGUGGUGGCCCAGCAGAAACCACCACCAGGAUAUAAUUAUUAGUGUGAGGCGGCGAGUGUGGACCAUGACCCAGGAGAAGCCCAGGUGGUCAAUGGUGUGAUCUCUCGCCGCCCUUCCCUCCUCUUGUUGCUCCUGUAGCUAGUGUAUGGCCGCAAUCAUGAACUUCCUUCCAGAUAUAAAGAAGCGUGUUAAGAAGGGUGGUGGAAGCCGCACCUUACCCUCUACUGGAGGCACACCCACACGGGGGGUCGACAGUCCUGGUGGUGUGCGGGGUAACACGCCCAUAGAUCCAUCCGAGGCCAUUGGUUGGGCUGUAGUUAAAUACAACUACCAAGCUCAACAGAUGGAUGAACUUUCUUUGGUUAAAGGUACAAGAGUUCUAAUCCUUGAGAAAAGUAAUGAUGGGUGGUGGCGAGGUCAUUACAACAACCUGGUUGGGUGGUUCCCUUCCAACUACACCACAGAAGAACCCACUGAGGAGGACCACACAUACACUAUGGCAGAGAAUGUGCUUGAUGUUGUUGUGGCUCUCUAUUCUUUUACCGCACAAAACGAACAUGAACUAUCUUUCACGAAAGGAGAGAGAAUGGAGGUUCUUGACCGGCCACCUUCUGACCCAGAAUGGUACAGGGCUAGGAACACUCAAUCACAGGUUGGGCUGAUUCCAAAGAAUUAUGUUCAAGAGCUUCAUGAAGUGGUAGACACUCGAGCAUCACGAUCUCGAGAGCCUUCUCAGACACGGCAGCUUCCUCCACCAGGCCCCAGCAACAGUGCACACCCACCUGCUACCAACGGUGGUGCUCACAAUGCAGACUCCCAUCUUGCACAGGGUAUGCAGGGCCUUAAUAUGAAUGCAGCAGCACCUUCACCACCUGCUCCAGCGAUGUCAGCUGUUCCUCCUGUGAGUGGUGUUCCUCCAGACAAGGGCCACUUCUCCACUAGAGACUGGUACUAUGGACCCAUCACUCGAGCACAGUGUGAUGACAUCCUCAAUCAGCGAGGACAUGAUGGAGACUUCCUUAUUAGAGAUUCUGAAACUAAUGUGGGUGACUUCAGUGUGUCUUUGAAAGCUGCAGGUCGCAACAAGCACUUCCGAGUGCAUGUUGAAAAUGGACUGUAUUGUAUUGGUCAACGAAAAUUCCAAACCUUGGACCAGCUGGUGGAUCACUAUCAGCGGUCACCUAUUUAUACCAGCCAAAAAGGGGAGAAGCUUUACCUAAUCCGGCCGUUGCCUAAACCAUAAGCUCUAUAAAUACGUAUCAGUAACAAAUAGAUUAUACUCUCCAAAACUUUGCCAAUGCUGAAAUGAUAACUUCUUAAUCUCAGCCCUUUGUGGGAUAAGCAUGUGGGUCCUGGGUCUGUCAAGAAGUUGAAGGCAAGGGAAACUGUCCACUUGGCAUUUCAGCUGUUGCUGUUGCCACAGUAGUUCUUCCGCUAUCAGAAUAAAAUUUUAUGAAUCCAUGUCACAACACAUUGUUUUAACCUGUCAAGGCCUGAUGUUGUUUAAGAUAGUGUACUUUUUAUAAAUCAUAGGAAUUAUAACAAUAAGGUUCUUGGUUCACUAAUAGCUGAAAAUUAACAGAAUACAGCUAUUAUGCAGCUAUUAUUGGAUAUAGAUGAAUAUUUUGCCACUCCUUAGACAUCAUGUUAAAAUUAAUUCACAGUAAGAGGCUUUGCAGGGUAAUGAAGGCAACUAUGGAGACACUUCCAAAUCUUUGCUGAAUGUGUAGUUUAGCAUUAAUAUGACACCUAAUAAACUCUGCAAUGUGCUCUCUUUGUUGGGAUGAUUGUUAUUAUCACUGAUUUUUCAGUGGAAAAUGUUUUUUCCAGUAUAUAUGGAAAGUGUUGUCCAGUCUUUAUGCAUUGAGUGUUAAUGUAGUAUGGUUCAUUUUCAUUUUGUGAUCUCACAAGGACAGUACGUAUUUGAAUACUGUAUUAACCUGAACUGAGUCAUGAUGAAAAAUAUGGCUAUUGAUGUGACAAAGGAUGAGCACAUUACCUCAGCCAUACUAAAGGAACAAAUGUGAACAAUUAGGAAAAGUUAAGUUUGAAGUUUGUAUCUUUUAGCUGACAUGUUGCUCACACACACACAUAAGGUUACUGUAAGGCUGGAAAGUUAGUCACCAAGAUGUCCAUCAUUCCUACUGUACUGGAGUUAACGAAAGCAAAAGUCCAUGUAUAUUAAUUUUUCAGAAUAUUAGUUGUAGUUGUAAAGUACAGAGUAGAAAGUGCAAUCUUUCGUUUAAGGAGAGGAAUUUUCCACAAUAAGUGCAUAAAGGAUGGAGCCAGCACCAUCGUGAUAAUAUAUGCUGCACAUACUUUAUGACAUACUGAAACAGAAUCAGCAUCCAUACUUGACAGUAUUAGUGACCGAAGCUCUUUUUCCACUGGUGGUGCUCAUGCCCUGGGUUGCAGACUUCUUGGUUGGGCAGAUGAUGAAGCUUGUGUGUAGCAAAUACUGUGCAUUACCAAUUCCAUUUAGAAUUGGGCUUGUCUGGUGUGUGAUUAAUUUGAUAUUCUCACUAGAGUAUGAAAAAUGCUCAUUUCCUAAAUGUUUACUUGGUAUGCAUGAGACAGCAAGAGAAGAAUAUGAUAUUGUGAUUUCAGGAACAGCAAGCACAGUGAUAAUGCUUGGUGGAUAAGUGUGUCCCCUUCAGUAAUGUGUCUUAGAACAGAUCAUGUGCAUUUUUAACUCUCUUGGAUGAUCCAAGGGAGAGCCUAUUUGAUAUUCAUGAGAAGGAUAAUUCUCAAUUUUGUACAUGGCAAGUUUUUUAUCAAUUUAGCUUUUAGUAUUAAUAUUGCUUCUUAUUCCUACUAGUCAGUAUAGCUUGAAAGACAAGGCACAUUAAUGGCAAUCUGUGCAGCUUUUUAUACUUCAGUUAAUGUUUAGAUAUAGGUAUUCUUACAAGAUUUGAGUCAUGUUUGUGUGUUACAUGAGUGCAGAAUUAAAUUUGUUUUCAGCAUGAUCUUUUUACUUUGUUUAUAUUAAGUUUGCCAUGUUGAUAUAUGUUAUAUGAAACAUGUUUGAGAACAAACAUAUUGCAUUUUCCUAGAUUUGCAUUUCUUAGAAUUUUGUGUAACUGUAUGUGCACAUUUAACUUCAUCUAGGUUGGUGUAAAGUUUUGUUUGCUUUACAACUUUAAAUUGCAGGAAUGUAUAAUAGUUUUUUGUACAUUUUUCUUAAAUCAGGUUAAUGAUUCUUGGCACCAGAAUCUCAAAUCCCUAUUUUUCUUGAAGUGGUGUGAGAGUUUAUCAGCCUGUGUGUGCUGUAUGUUUGUAAGUGCUAGUCAUAAGCCCUGCCACUGACACUGGAUUCAGCAGUGCUUUAAGCAGCCCAGAAAGAGCGUCAGGCUCCAGCCUUUCACACACUUUUAUUGUAAUUGCAAUGGUACUGUGUAGCCUGCCACCGUUAGUCCCUGCUUUGCCUGUAACCAAAGAUUGUCCUUGUUCUGAAUUCUUCUGUAAUGGUGUGCUUGAUAAUAUAGGCCUACAGUGACCUUUUUUAUGAUGUACCAUUCACAAGUACUGUUCAAAGUGGUUAUUCUUGAUGACUACUGUACUACUAAUGAUAAUACAAAGAAAUGUCCCAGCCUUUACAGAACUAACAGGUUGAUCUCAGUGCUGGGCCUGUGCUCUCUUGUCCUCCUUGCUCCCCUGGCCCCUCUGGUUCAUGGACAGGUAUCCAACACUUGAUCAUAAACUUUUCAGAUUGGUGCUCUAUUAUAUCUUGAAAAUCUUUUCUUAUGUUCUUUAUUGAACAAAUGUCAUUUUUCUGUAGUUCUAGAACCAGAGGUAAGGUCUAGACAGAUAUCAGAUAAUACUCCUUCUCAUAUGAUAUACAAUUGAUAUACAGUAACAUUUUGCAGACCCACAUCCCAUACAGUCCGUGUUUGUGCUUCAAAUGAUAACACCAUCUUUGCCGCAACCCAAUGCAACAAGUUUUUUUUUUAUAAAUUCCUAGCAGGUUUGGUUAUGACUUUGAAUGAAUGACAUGGAUGGUUUUGAUAGUUACUAUACAAGGUCAUGUGCACAAGGAACAAAUCUGCUAGUAAAGGUUGUGGUGGAUUUGGGUGUUGAGAUCCUGGAUGGAUUUAAGUCACAAAGUUGGAUUAAGUUGGCGGCUAUUUAUUAGUGGACUGAGUAGCUCGUGGCCAAGUGUCCAUGAAGUGACUUGGAAAUGCUCAGUGUUGCCACUCAUUUAUACUUUUAUGUUUGUACAAAAUGUAAUUACCUUAAAUAAAAUUUUUACAAAAUAAA